AUGCAGCAGGAAGUGGCCAUCUACACGCGAUCCAGCCUCGUGGAGCAGUCAACUGCCGUUGCACAGCCAAUCGUAGAAGCCAAGAGCUGGCACUUUGGCUUCAAGUUUGGUGGUUCCAUGAAGGCUAGCAGUGGCUGGCACUCUCAAACCACACCCUCGGUGCAUGAGGAUGAGAUUGCUACCGUGGGCAACAUCUACUUCAUAGAUGCCGACCAGGACAUUGACAUGCUCGGCGGUGAGUUCCGAUGGGUCCCGCCGAAUGACACUUCCGAGGUGGACUUCUACGUUGGCUACUUCGUGCUGACCACCGGUGCUUUGUAUGGAGAUCGCCGGUUUGAGUUCGAGGUUGCAGGGAGCCUCAACUCCUACAAUUUGCCUUUCCAGACACUGCAGUCAGGAUAUGGCUUCUUCUCCAUCUACACCAAAUCCUCGCUGGCGGAACAGACAACACCCUAUUCAAUCGAAGUUAUCGACUUCUGCCACAACGUGCCCACACUGGAGAAUCAGUCACUGUAUGUUGAGGAAGGCGUGCGCCUGAUUGACAUUUAUGACGUUCCAGAGGUCGUCAUUACGAAGUUUACCAAAGUCACCGAGGACGGGCUCGUUCUCGAGUUUGCCCCUCUGCGGCGUGGCCCAGUCUACAUGAUCAUCACAGAUACGGUCGCAGUGGCUGGAAUGACCAGCACGAACGUCCAGUCCCUGCACAAUGCUUUAGGCGGCCCAAACUGCCGCAUCCCGGGCAAUCUCAUGGUGAGCUGCACGAACAUCACGUUCCAGCUCUCCGGGUGCUCACUGAGCGUCGGGGGCCGCUUCAACUACCGGCUCUGGAUUCUCCAGGAGGAUGAAGAAUUUGGACUUCUUGGGGAGGCCGCCUACAUCGACUUCUACGUGACGUCCGUUGUUUUCGACCAAGGUCCAUUCAUUUACUUCCGAAACGCCACUGCGGUGGGCCUCCAGUACAUUCCCAGCCAUGAGGGCUUCGAGUGGAUGUAUGCCAUCCCUACAGCCGGUGGAUACGCAGACCAAGUUCUCCUCGGCGAUGAGCCAGUCGUGUGGGUCCAGCGGGUGAAGGCCAUGUACUUGGCAGCGCAAGGUGGAAAGUGCCAAAACGUGCGAGCGCCUAUCCUGGGCAAGCAAGCCAAAGUCUCAUUCCUCUACGACUGCGAGUUCACCUUGGGGCAGGAGUACCGCAUCUUCAUCCUCUUGGAGGAUGGUUUUGGCCGGCAAGACGGGAUUCUGAAGACAGUGAACUUUGUAUAUCAGGGGGAGAUGACGAAGGACUCGGCGAUCCCUUACUCGCACCCAGUACCCUCAGCCACGAUGUGGCGGUUGAUUCCCCUCACACAGGUCUCGACAGAGUGGAAGGUGCAGCAGCUGCGGAUGUUUUCAGACGUCACCUGUUCGCACAGUGUGGCGGCAUACCCAGCACCUUAUCGGGAUCCACUGCUCUCCACAUGGCAGGAAGGCCAGCCGCUUCCGACCGGAUUCCCAUUCUCGCACCCCGGCCCUUUGCCAGUGGAGUCCGUCUUUGAGGACGGCAUCGGCCGCGGCUUUGUCUCGGGCCGGCCGUGUGGCCCCGGCGACUGCCACAUCGGUUUCAGCUUUGGCAGCGGCUUGUUUGGGGCGGACAGCAUGACUGCGGCGGUCAAGGUCGGAUGUGUGGAAGUGACGCAGUCGGAUGCCACGGGGGAGUUCGCUGAAAGCUUGGAGCUGCAGUACUUUGACGGCUCGCAGUACAUCUCGUACCGACAGGCCUUCAACCUUGUCGGGGGCACUGCGCUUGUGCCAACCUUCAACGGCACUGUCGGGCUUCAUGUGGACCCACGAUGA